AUGGCAGAAAGAUUUCGAUCGUUCAUGAAAACUCUAGGCAAUGAAAUAAAUAAACAUCGACUGUUUAACAAUGCAACUACAAAAAUUAAUAGUGUAACUGGAAAGGCCCAAGAAAAAUUGAACAACAUUCAAAAUGCUGUUGCUUUAAAAUAUAAUGUUAUUGCAAAGCGAGUGAACAGUGACAUAACUUUAAUUCAAAAUUUAAAUGCAUCACAAUUAGAGCCAAGUCCAUUACCAAAGAAAGUUGUAAAGUGGUUACGAUGGUAUCAACAAAUAACAGGUUUGGAUACAGUUGAGUUGGCUAAGCAGCAAGUAAUAUCUGCUCAGAAUAGGUUGUUUAAAUGUCAAGAUGAUAGGAGAAGUUUAAAUUGUGAAGCAGCAAUAAUAAAUGAUAAAUUAAAGGAAGUAUAUUCAGAACUCAUUCAAACUAAAAGAAAUGAUCCAAAAUAUGUACAAUUGACAAUAAUAGAAAAUAAAAAUCUUCAAGAUCAAGCAAGAGUUACAUCACAGCUUAAUUUAUUAGAAAAUGAGGAGAAAGAGCAUUUUACAUUAUUAGCAACUGCUAUCAAAGAAUACCAUGAUAGCCAAACUAUGAAUGCACAGAAGUAUAAAUAUUUAUCUAUUUUGUCAUCUGCUAUAUUAGCAAUUAUAUCAUUGGCAGGUUCAAUGAUAUACAACAAUAAGAGAAUAGUAAAUAUUCAAAGUAGUAUAACUAAAGCACAACAAAGCACUGAAAAUAUCAUGCAAAAUAAUUUUCAUAAAUUGUCUGAAAUCCUAAAAGAAUGGGAGAAUAACAACAAACAGGAAGUAGUGGUGGUUCAUGAAGGAGCAGAUGAAAGCAAUUCAGUAAUAGCACACAGAGCUUAUGUUUUAGCAUUGUGCAUUGUUGGCUUAUGUAUAAUUAGAGCAUUAACAGGAUAA